CGGUGGCUAAUGCGUCCCUGUGAGCUCAGCCUUCCCGGAGCUUUAAAUGGGACCCCGGAGUCCGGGCUCUGGUCUCUUGGGCUGGGCGACUGCCACCCUCCCCUGGCAGCAGAGGGCAGGGGCCAGGAAGGUCAACAGCUGGACCGCAGGAGCUGCGAGGAGGAGGCAGAUGGACUCCCAAACAAACAGGAUGGGUGCCCCGCCGCCCAGCCCCCUGAGCCUGGACUACCUGGACGACAUCGACCUGUUGCGCUUCGAGGUGAAGCAGGAAGUGUCUCGCAUGGGGGGCAGCUUCUCCCUGAGCUCCACGCCCUGCAGCUCCGUGCCCCCUUCGCCCACCCUGGACAAGGCGGGCGACCCCAAGUCCACCCUCGAAGAGUUGUACUGGAUGGCCACGCUCCACCAUACGCUGGCGGCGGCGGCAGGGGGUGGCCCCGAAGCCCAGCUGAUGCCGGGUCUGGACGAGGCGGUGGAGGCUCUCUUGGGCGUCCCGGUGAUGGACGGGGGUCUUCGCGGCGGAACGGCCCCACAGCUCCAAGGUUUCUUGGGGGCCAUCGAGGGAGCCGGUGGGGAACAGCAGCAGCUGUCCACGCUCUGCGACCGCUUCUCCGACGCGCAGCUGGUCUCCAUGUCGGUGCGCGACCUCAACCGCCAGCUGCGCGGCUUCGGCAAAGACGAGGUUCAGCGGCUGAAGCAGAAACGGCGCACGCUCAAGAACCGCGGCUACGCCCAGUCGUGUCGCUUCAAGAGGGUGCAGCAGCGCCACGUCCUGGAGGCCGAAAAGUCCCAGCUGGCGCAGCAGCUGGAGUCCCUGCGCGCCGAGGUGGCAAGGGUGGCUCACGAGAGGGACAUCUACAAGGCCCGCUGCCAGAAGCUGUUGGGGGACGCCGGGGGACACUGCGGCGAGGGGGCGGAGCCUCCGGCGCCUCAGCCCACCUCGAUGGCACAUUUUUACCUAUGAGCGGCUCCCUUCCUGGCGCGACGGACUGUGGGUGGGUGGGUGGUCGAGGGAACCGGGCAGGUUGCUUUCUUGCCCCACCAACUUGGCCACUAGGGGUCGCCGUGGUCCAAGGGGCUGCCCCCUCUUUCCCUCCACUAGGGGGCGACAUGAACACAGGCACUCCCCUUUUCCGACACCAGGUGGCGCAAGAGAACAUAGGCCACCAGGCGAGGAGACAAUCUCCACGGCAAAAGCAUCUCUCAGGUCUUGCGGCUGCCGUGGCUCCUUCCCCUCCCGGGAACCCCGGGAACUGAAGUUUCCCAUGGUUCCCAGUGGCGCCGAAGCCCCGUCGAGUCUGUUGUGUAGCUACCCCGGGAGCUCUUGGGCUUUCUGAGAAGUGUGCUUUCUGCAUCGUUCUUACCUCCACCGCCAGGCAAAGGAAAAAUAAUAAAAGCCAGAGAGUGUGUGUGUAUGAGAGAGAUGAUUGAAGACGGCUUCCAUUUUCUCCCCAGAGCGACGGUGCAUUGGGCAGUGAUGUCAUUGCAGCGGGGCCUGGGGAGGCAAUUGGGGUCACCGGAUUUGGGUUUUGGGGAUCCAUGCACCCCACUUUUGAGCUCUUAGGGCAUCUAACCAGUCACUGCUAGAACAAGAUCCUGGAUUCGGCCCUGGGCUCAAUCCAGCAGGCUGUUCUGAGGGCCACAUACAAAAUAUGCAAUUUUGUAUAGGGAAACCGGGCGGAUGCCACAAAACCAUUUGAGCCCAUUUCCAGCAAGGAAAAACGUGUGGUGUUUUUUUUUUUGUACACAAAUAAUCUCACAUUCAAUAGCAGGGUUUUCCUUUGUGGCUCACAAUUCCAGGCCUGCCAGGCUGGUUUUUGAAGUGGGGAGAAAUGUGCUAACAUAAAGGGAGCAGAGCGUGUGGGCCUAGCGUGGCGGGAUAGAAAUUUCCGGAAAUGGGGAAGGAAGCACUUGCUGCGGUUGCUAAGCAACAGCCCCAGCAUCCCUUCCCAGCCCUUUUCUCAGUCCUGGCAAAACAGCUCAGUGGAACUGAAGUGCAGCGGCCAUGUCGUGACGGGGAAGAGAAUCGCUGCGCGCCCUCUGAGGAUUUGGCCUGUUUUGCAGGGAAAUUGUUAGGGAAAGGGGUGAUAUCUAACAGUGCGUAUCAAGGACGCUUUUUGCUCCAAAGGGAGCCGCAGUUUCAGGCCUUCCUCCUGUCGAUAACAUAUUUUAAGAGUUUCCCGCUCCCCACACGCUAAUUCCUCCCAACGUCACAGGAUCAAAUCCCCGUCUGGGAACCUCCGUUUUCUUCAAAGAGGAGAAACACCACCACUGCAGUUUGUGUGCUCUGUUUUUCUUAUUCCGAGAGUCCAAAGAGCAAAGGGCAAGCUAAGUUUUAAAGGAAGAUGGAGGCAGCACCUUGGAACAUAUUCACAAGGGAAGGCUGGGAAAUCUACAGAGUCCACCUUCCCUACUGCCUGGAAAGGGAUAAUUAUAUUAAUGAUUUUUUUU